AUGCCUCGGAGUCCCGGGGCUGGGUCCCGGCCCCCGCGCGAUAUGAGCCACACGCGGCCGAGCGCCCCCUCAGUAUCGUACCUUCUAGAAGGGCUGACGCUGCUGUUCUUGUGCUCAUCGGCCGUGUGGGGUGAGUUGGGGCCCGGACUCACCGUGCCGGUUAACCCUGAGACCAUGUGGGAGGGGUUGGGUGACUGCAGCCUUCCCCCAGAUAUACCUAAUGCCCAACCAUCUUUGGGAGGUGUUACAAGUUUUCCUGAAAAAAAGACCAUAACAUACAAGUGUAAUGAAGGCUUUGUUAAAGUUCCUGGCAAACCAGACUCUGUGGUCUGUCUAAGCAAUAAAUGGUCAGACGUUGCAGAAUUUUGUAAUCGUAGCUGUGAUGUUCCAACCAGGCUACUCUUUGCAUCCCUCAAAAAGGCAUACAGCAAACAGAAUUACUUCCCAGCUGGUUCCACCGUGGAAUACGAGUGUCGUUUGGGUUACAAAAGAGACCACUCUCUAUCUGGAAAACUAACUUGCCUUCAGGAUUUCAUAUGGUCCAAACCUGCUGAAUUUUGUAAAAAAAAAGCAUGUCCUCAACCUGAAGAGAUAAAAAAUGGUCAUGUCAAUAUAACAACAGACAUAUUAUUUGGCUCACCCAUAUUCUUCUCAUGUAACACAGGGUACACAUUAGUUGGUGCAACUUCUAGUUUCUGUUCUCUUGUGGGAAAAAAUAUUGGAUGGAGUGACCCACUGCCAAAGUGCAAAGAAAUAAUUUGUCCAGAACCACCAAAAAUUGACAAUGGAAAAAUCAAAGAGGAACAGCACAAUUAUGUAUAUGGACAAUCUCUAGAAUAUGAAUGCACUGAAGGCUUCAUGAUGGUGGGAAAGAACUCUAUUCAGUGUACUGUAAAAGGUGACCAAGGUGAAUGGAGUGGCCUGCCACCUAAAUGUGAAGAAAGCCCUCCAACUCCCAAGACCCCAUCAGCUUCUCAGAAACCUACUAUAGUCAAUGAUCCAGCUACAGAGCCCCCACCAACUGCUCAGAAACCUACCUCCUCAGCAAAUGUUCCAGCAAAUCUUCCAGCUACUGAACCCCCAUCAGAUCCUCAAAAACCCCCCUCAGAAAAUCUUCCAAUUUCCAAGCCCUCACUAACUGUACAGAAACCCACUUCAGCAAAUAUUCCAAGUACAGUGGUCCCACCAACUCCUCAGAAGCCCACUUCAGCAAAUCCUUCAGUCACAAAGGUCCCAGCAACAGUACAGAAACCCCACAUAUCAAAUGCUCUACCUACAGAGACCUCAUCAGCAGCCCAGAAUCCCAUCGUGGCAAAUGCUUCUGUUGCGCAGGCCAUACCGACAGCCCAAAGAUCCUCCACAACAAAAGCUUCAUUUACACAGAGUCUUUCAACCAAACAAAGAUCCACUGCUGUACAUGCCCCAGUGACUAAGAGACUCCAGACUACACACACCUCUACCCCUAUUACAGCCACUCGGGGUCUAGCUGUUCCCAGGGCAACCACACGUUUUCAAGCAACAAGCACAUCUAAAGGAAGAGGAACACUUCCUUCUUCAGGUGCUCUGAUCCUUGCAUCUGAUUAUAGACUUAAAAAGCUACCGCCUCCAUGCAUGAAUUACCUAAGGGACAAAAAGGCUGAAAGGCCACACAUGCAUGAUACUGACAGUUUUACUUAUGAUGCUAGUAGCCAUUGGCUAGCUAGUUUAACCAAAGAAGAGCUAAGAAGAAAGUGCACACAAGUGCACGGAACAUUUCUAGUUGAAUUAGAACUUUCUGGAGCAGUGGGCACCGCUUUUGAGAUUGUGUUCUUUGUUGUGCAUGACAUCAUUGUCUUUUAG